CCACCCCCCUAUCCAUAAAAGCGGCUGGCUUUCCCCCUAACUAGCUGGUCUCUAACGUUUUAGAGCAUUGGUCACAGACAAUUCUCAUUACUUGUUUUCGUUACCUGUUACGUUUGUUUUUGAAUCAUUACCUACAUAUUUACCUACCUCCUAUCAGUUAUCCCAAGAUGAGCGGAAGACGAGGCAGCGAAUCUUGGCUCGAUGCUCUAGGGGGGCUUGAGGACUAUCGCAGCAACGCCGGCAACGUCCGGUCGAAUGCUUCUAAGGACGACCAUCCGGUUAAUAGCACAAAGGCGUAGUAUAAGAUCGGCUUCUAGUCACAGGGCCGAGUCUAAUGCUGUUGCUACCGGCAUGAAGGCUCCUACAAUCUCAAGCUCAACACGCAAGCGUAUUGAGUCUCAGGAGGAAGCACGAGCUCGUGUGAUCAAUCGCGCUCGCGCCUACGAGGCUCUGUGCGAAGCAGAGGCGGAGGAACAAGUCCCCGAAGAACCGCCAACACCACCCAGUAAGGAUUAUAGUCCAUCGCAAUUGCAUCCGACUUCUAUGCAACCCGGUUGGACCGCCCAUGGCCCCGCUCCUUUAAGGGUGGUUCACGAGAACACUAAAGUAGUAAUAUCCGACACACGCACGAGCGAUGCCUUUUGGAAGCCCCAGAAGCCGGUCUACGCCCAAGGAGCUCCUGGUAAAGAGGCCGCAAAUGGAGGCAGCAAGGAGAUUACAACGCAGAUUUCGCAAUAUGUGCCGUAUAGACCGCCGCCGCCAGUACCGCCGAAGGAUAAGCCGCAACAGCUGAAGCCGAAGCCGGGUGCUGGGGGCGGUGUAAAGCGUAGGCCUGUACCGUUGAACCUCCACGGAGUUGUGCCACAGAAUGGAAGUAACGGGGAGGCUAGUCGUAGCAUCGCGUCCUCGGCGCAACCGAAAACCACGAAUCCAAGCCCGCGAAGCGGUGUCCAGCCUUGGGAUAUCAGCAAACCGUAUGAAGUCAAGCGCACCCCCAACAGCCACGCCAACACCCCUCCAAGCGUCGGAAAACGCGUUUACAAAGCCUACACACCCUCCGCCACCCCCUCCCCUUCCCUCUCCACAUUCCCAUCUCAAGUCCGGCGUAUGCUCACCCCGCCCACAUCCCCUUCAGCCGCAUCCCGCACCCCUGUCUCUCCUUCCUACGCCCCCGUCUCUCCCUCUUACACCACAACUCCGAUCACACCUUCUCCGUUCCCCGCCUCGCCCCGCUCCUCCUCCUCCAAUAUAUCCCGCUCCCGCAGCCCCGCCCGCGGGUCCUGGACCGCGGACCGUCCGCGCCAACAACCCCAGCGCUCCUCGUUCGUGGACCGCGCUAGAGAUAGGAUGCGCGCGAGCUGGCACUUGAAUUUGCAGAAGGCGGGUGUUCGGCCUCUGAGUAGCUUCGAGGUCCGCGAUGUGAGGAAGGGGUAUGUUAAGGAUGUGGCGACGGAGUGGAUGGGGAGUUCGAUGGCGCUUGGGGACUGUGUGGGUGUAGAGAUGGAGGGGAGGGGAAGAGGAGGGGGUGAGUGUUGGGCUGGGGGGUUCGAUGGCUUGGAGGAGAGGGCGAGGAGGCAUCUGGUUAGGGAGAGUCGGCGGGAGGGGAAGGAGGAGCAACAGAUGCAGCGCGGCAGGUCGUUUAAGGAGAGGGCUAGAGGGCUUUCGUUUGAUGCGCAUGCUACCGGUCUCUCACGGAAAGACUCCUUAUUCUUGGGUACUGUGAAUCGGCCGACUUCAGAAACGUUCUUCGCGUCGGACUGGUCGCAGCAACAGGUCAUUAACCAGGCUAAGGAGAUGGUAGCCGAGUUGCCCGGUUCAUCAUCUUUUCAUCGCGGUCCGUUUGGGAAGAAGGAUGGUGGUGAAGUUGCGCCGAAGCAGCGAAAGGCUGCCUCGUCGUCUCGGGGUGUAACGACAUCUGCGAAUGAUCGCGGACUAUUGCCGAGUCAGACUCGAGGGAGAUCUCGGAUACCUGUUCCUGUUAGGCCGAAAUUGUCGCGGCGGCACGCGCUGUCGGGGAAGGGUAGUAGACGUUUGAAGUGAGUUGACCUGGGAAUGAUGAUGAUCCAUUGGUGACUAGAUACGUAUAUAGUAGUAAUUUGAAUAUUGUAUUAUUUCAAGCAUACCCAACCACCCAUACUUUUGGCGUUGCUGUUUUCCGUUCU